GCCAAACUCAUCAUCAACCUAGCUUCCAGUUAUGAAGUACGUGUCAGGUGGUAGGCAUUGUACUAAGGAAGCCAGAUGAAUUUUCACUUUAUCAUCACAAGUGUGUAUCGUAAGAUGAAGAAAGAAAUUCGGGCAAAUUGUCCAGCGUUAACAUGUACCUAGCAUAGGCAACAUCGGACUUUGAACCCAGAUGAGCUCUCUCUGGUAUGUCAGUGCUUCACAGUCCACUGUGGCUCACACGUCUGCAAAUCUUUGAGCAGAGAGUGAGUUGUGAGCACCUUCCACAUUAUCAGAUGUGGCUAGCUGACCCCCGUAGUUCAUGCUCAUUGACCUGUAACAACACAAAGCUUUCUGGCUACAUCUUUUCUCUAGACUCACAUUUUAAUUCAGAUGAAGUCUAAAAGUAGUUGCUUAUACGUUUGCAAUUAGUUUGUGAAAUAUAAACAAAGCUCCCUAUAUAGCCACAAUAAAGCAGAACUCCUACUACUUCAUCACUCAAUAUAUCAGUCACUUUAUUGUAAUUCUAUGUGUUCUGUGUAGUUAAGAGGCCUGGUAUCUAGAAGACUCAACCCCUUCCUUUCUUCCUCACUAUUCAAAUCCCCUUGAUGGCCAUCACUGUAAGUGGUGGGCUUAUUACUGGCCACCUAGCAGGUGAUUAAUAAUAUGCAUUUGGAAAUGGACAUGAGGAUCUAAGUGCCAUUCAGGUGAUAGCUUACCAUCAGAAUUUUAGAAAACAGCCUUUUAGUGAAGUUAAAGACUUCGUACUUUAUAGAAUGGAUUUGUGAGAACCUUAACUCAUCCAUUACAAUUAGACUCCUAAGAUGUUCUUUCUACAUGAACAGAGAUUUGUGUGUGUGGAAUAAGCCUUGUCUUUUGCCUAUUUAUUGAGGCACAGUUUCACUAAUUCUCGGUUUGGCUGGACUUUUCUGCGUCAGCCAAGCUGGUCUAGAACUUCAGAUUGUCUUACAGUCCUAAGUGCUGUGAUUACAGGCACACACCAUCAUACCCAUCCUGUCAGAUCCUUGUUCAUUUUUAGGUAGUAAAUUUCUUUUGAUCUACUCAAAAAAUCUAGCAUUAAUGUGUGAUUCAGGAACUUUUUAUCAUCUAAGCAUCUGGCAGUAACUAUUCAAAUGACAAAUUUCUGCCUUGAAAGUAUCUAAUAUUUUAUCACUGAAGCGGUGUUGAAGAUAUGUUAAUUUCUGGGUAACUACACAAAAUACUUAUGUUCCUGACUUUUCAUAGUAACUGAUACAAAUAUCCCGAGUUAGAUACUAUACCCCUUUCUUGUUUGUUCUAAACGUAUCCGUGAAAGUCCACAGGUCCAAAUGCCACCCUAAACAAGACACUGGGAGAAAGCAAUUCAAAAGGAUGGCCAUUGCUAUACUAGAAAGAACAGGCCCAGGGUCCUGGGCCCAGGAGAUAUUCACCUCCCUGCCACCAUCUAGAGAAGACCUGCUUAGCGAGGUGUUUGACCCUCAGUGGCCAUGGCACAUUUUUUAAAAGCUAAAAUCCCUUAGUUGUGGGACCUAGCAUGGAGAGGAACUAGAUCCCCUGCAAUGAUCUAGCCCAUAGGCAGCUCAGUCUCCAAGUGAGUUCCUUAAUAAGGAGAGCAGGGGCAGUCUCUGACAUGAACUCAAUUGCCUGCUCUUUGAUCACUUUCCCCUGGCAGAGUCUCCUUUCCAGGCCACAGAACAAGAGGAUCCAGGCCAAGCAGUCCUGAUGAGACUUGAUAUGCUAGGGUCAGAUAGUAGGGGAAGAAGACUCCCCAUUUUCAGUGCACUAGGGGAGGAUGAUGGGGGGAAAGGGAGGGAGGUUGGAAGGAGAUGAGGGAAGGGCUACUAUUGCAAUACAAAAUGAAUAAAUUUUAAACAAAAUUUAAAAAAAAGAUAAUAAAAAAAGUAUUGAUUGGCUUCCUAAUGCUUUUAGGGCUUUUUACGGAGUACUGUUCCAGUAGCAGUGAAGGGACUGUUAAGGGAACAGUUUUACUGUCUAGCUGAAAAUGGAAUGAAAGAGCAAGGAGAGGUAUUAUGGGAGGGUAUAUGGAGAGGAAAUGAGAGGAGAAAAUUAAGUCCUCUUGGCUUGAGAGUAGGCUCAGCGGCUAAGGGUUAUUUGUUUUUCCAGAGGACCCAGGUUCAAUGACUUCAGUUGCAGGAGAUCUUGAACCCCUGUUUUGACCUCUACAGGCACAGGCAUACAUGCAAGCAGAACACCCAGACAUAUAAAAAUAACAUCUCAAGAAAAUUUUUAAAAAGAAACGGUUUUAAUCAUUGAGCUAUUUCCCAGCUCCUACCAGACCUUUCUUGAGUUCUCCUUCCCUCAAUUUAGAAGUCCUUCCUUCCACUCUUCAUUUCUGUUUCUUUCUUGUGAGUCCUUUGAACUCUGAAUUUUGUCAAAGUCUAGUAGAGGAGUAAUUCCUAUAAGAGUACAGACUGUCUGAGGUGAUUGGAGUAUUUGGUGUUUGCUUGUGUAGUGCUCUCUCUUUCUCUCUCUCUCUCUCUCUCUCUCUCUCUCUCUCUCUCUCUCUGUCUUUCACACACAACACACACACACACACACACACACACACACACACACACACACACACGUCAGUCAUCCCGCUUGAUUUUUUUCUGCAUAUAGAAGUAAUUCCUCAGUGUAGUGGGCGAAAGAAUAAACUUGCUUGUGCUGUAACUGUGUAGCUUCACUCAUGCUUAGCAGGACCCCUACACUCCUAACACCCCCAGCCUUGCACUGACAAUGCAGUAACUUUUUUUUUGCAAUUUUCUCCAUAUUUGGAACCUAGGAUGGAUCCAGGCUGUUUCUAGUCACAACUUGAGGUGACUUUGUGGCUCCCUAGGCAAGCCAUGGAGAAGUUGAGAUUCUUGGGCUUCUUUCAUUACAAAGGCUCAGUCUCGGGCUUCUGUGGCCUGAGUAUCCUAAAGGAUGCAUUUGCAGUUUCCUCUAAAACCUUGGAUGCAUUUGCAGUUUCCUCUAAAACUAGCCUCCUUAUUGCAGAUAAGGAGGCUAGUAAAGUAAUCUGGAGGUACUGAGGGACUGGGUGUUGAUUAAGCCAUUACCCCGCCUCUUUUAUUUCAGCUCUUUACCAUCUAACAGUGAGGCUAUGCUCUGACCACAGUGCUGUUAAGAGAUUAUUGUCAUUUAUCCAACAUUGCAGAGUGGAUUUACACAACCCCAGAUGAAAUAGCCUAGACCAAAUGAUAGAGCUGACAGCUCCUGGGCUGUAAACCUAUAGCACAGCACUGAAUUGACAGUGUGAGUAAUUGUAACACAUUUGUAAGGUUUUUUUUUUUGUCUAAAACAAAAAGAUAGAGUAGUAAUAUGUAAAAUAUAAAAGGUGUACUUCUUUACCAUUAAUGGAGCUUUAAGACUAGAAGUUGUUCUAGGUGAGACAGCUUAAAAACACAAAUAUAUGGUACAGCUGUUAAAAAUCUGUUCUUCAUAUGACUGUUCUAUAAGCCUUUUUUCAAGUUUUAAGAUAUAUAGUUCAGGGAUUAGAGAGGUGGCUGUAUGGUUAAGAGCUUGCUGCUCUCCCAGAGGACCUGAGUUCAGAUCUCAGUACCUGUGUCAAAUAGCUCACAAUCACCUGUAACUUCAGCUCAGGAGGGUCAGUGCCUUGUGUUGGAUGCCACAGUCACUCAGACAUGCUCACGUGCAUGUACACAUUCCCAUAUAUAGAUGCACACAUACUUUGGCCUCUCAGAUACUGACUGCAGGCAUGUUCCGUCAUCUUUGCUGUUAUAUCUGCUGGAAAUUGAACCCAGGGACUCAAGCAUGCUAGAGGAGCACUCAAGCUAUUCAGCUAUAUGCUCAAUUUAUACAGUGAUUUAUUUUUUUUUUAUUUUUAAGUGUUCAAAUUGCCUUUGAAUGUAUUUCCCAAUUUUUAAGGCUGCACAUGUAAAUUAGGCCCCCAAGACUAACUUUCCAAAUAUGUCAACCCAGGUGUUUUUCUGCAUUCAAUUCUACCUCUUUAUGUUACUGAGAUUUCAAUUUGGGGCUGUUUUGUCUUUCAGUUAAUGGUAGCAAUAGAAAUGAUUAGUGAUUUUUUUUCAGCAUGUUCUUCAUAUAUGUAUGUGUACAUGUUGGGUGAGGUGAUGUAUGUACAUGUAUGUGUUCGUUUGUCCAUGUUUGCACAGAGAAACCAUAGGUCAUCAGGCAUCCUGCUCUAUCACAUGCCUUAUCCCCAUGGGACAGGAGCUGUCACUGAGACUACAGACUAUCGUUUAGGCUAGACUGGCUGGCCAGUAAGCCCUGGUAAUUUUCUGCCUCUGGGGUUAUAGGUACACAUGCGGCCACACCUGACUUUUUAUGUGGUUGCUUAUAUCUGAAUCCAGUUCCUCCUGCUUGCACAGCAAGCAUUCCUAUCCACCAAGACGUCUUCCCAAUCUCUCCAGUGCUUUCUAUUUAGAAAAAAAGUGUGUCUAUGUGUAUACCUGCAGGAUGUGUGUUUGUGUGCAUGUGUGCCAUAGUGUGCAUGUUGUGGUCAAAGGACAGCUUUGUAGAGUCUCUUCUUCACUUUAACCUUUCUGUGGGUCCUGUGGAUUGAACUCAGGUUGCCAGGAUUGUGACUGGAUCACCUUCCAUCCUCUGUUACGUUAUUUCAGACUAGGUAUACUCUGUUUAUGAACCCCAGUUUAUGAGAUGGCAGGAUAGAGGAGAUUUGAAUAUACAUAAAAUGUAUAAUAGAUUUGAAUAUACAUAAAACGUGUGCAAUGGUGAAAAAUAGAAAAUCUAAAUCACAUUCUGAGAAAAUUCAAAUUUGAAGAUUAAGAUCAAGAAGACUAUUAAUCUGUGUAGAAAAGUACAGAAGAGGGAAAGGUUACUGUGUAAAAGAAGUCACUUACUGAUGAUGAAUAAAGAGAGCAUAAAGACUAAAGUCUUUUAACAAGCAUUUCUGUUUUAGUGGGACAGCAGGGAUUACGUCAUCGCUAAAUAAGAUGACCAGAUGGCUAAGGUGUUAAAAUUUCCAGUGAGCAAGUAUGCAUAAUUAUGUGUUCUUUUGCAACUGUAUUAAUAGGCUUGGUGAAAGGUCAGACUUAUUCUAGCAACAUACAUUUGUCAAAACUACAUGUAAGUAGAUUUAAAAAAAACAUUUUUAAGUAAUUUUUUAAAUUCUAAUUAAUUAAAAUUUAUUCGCUUUACAUCUUCCCUGUAGCUCCCUCCCUUUUCCCCUCCCAAUCCCACCUUCCCUUUUCCUUCUCCACUCAUGCCCCUCCCCCAGUCCACUGAUAGGGGAGGUCUUCCUCCCUUUCUGAUUCUAGUCUAUCAGGUCUCAUGAGGAGUGGCUGCAUUGUCUUCCUCUGUGGCCUGGUAAGGCUUCUUCCCCCUCAAAGAGAGCUGAUCAAAGAGCAGACCAAUCAGUUCAUAUCAGAGACAGUCCCUGUUCCCCUUACUAGGGAACCCACUUGGACACUGAACUGCCAUGGGCUACAUCUGUGCAGGGGUUCUAGGUUAUCUCCAUGAAUGGUCCUUAGUUGGAGUAUCAUUCUCAGAUAAGACACCUAUGUCCAGAUUUUUUGUUUUGUUUUGUUGCUCUCCUUGUGGAGCUCCUGUCUUCUCCAGGUCUUAUUAUUUCCCACUUCUUUCAUAGGGUUCCCUGCAUUCUGCCCAAAGGUUGGCCAUAAGUCUCAGCAUCUGCUUUGAUACCCUGCAGUGUGGAGCCUUUCAGAGGCCCUUUGUGGCAGGUUCCUGUCCUGUUCCGUUUUCUCCUUCUUCUGAUGUCCAUCCUCUUUGUUCCAAAUGGGGAUUGAACAUUUUAGCCAAAGUCCUCCCUCUUGGUUAGUUUCUUUAGGUGUACAGAUUUUAGUAGGUUUAUUCUAUAUUACAUGUCUAAUAUCCACUUCUGAGUGAGUGUAUACCCUAUGUAUGUCUGCUUCUGAGAUACUUCACUCAGGAUGAUCUUUUCCUGUUCCCACCAUUUACCUGCAAAUUUCAUGAUUUCCUCUUUUUUUUUUUUUAUUGCUGAGUAAUAUUCCAUCGUGUAGAUGUACCACAAUUUCUGUAUCCAUUCUUCAGUGGAGAGGCAUCUGGGUUGUUUCCAGCUUCUGGCUAUUACAAAUAAAGCUGCUACAAACAUGGUUGAGCAAAUGUCCUUGUUGUGUACUUGAGUAUAUUUUGGAUAUAUGCCUAGGAGUGGCUGGAUCUUGAGGAAGAGCUAUUCCUAAUUGUCUGAGAAAGCACCAGAUUGAUUUCCAGAGUGGUUGUGCAAUUAACAAAACAUUUUUACUGAGUGACUUUGACUGAACACUGUAAUUUAGUAGCUUGGGCUCCAAGAAAAGGUAAAAAUGUAAUUUUUUCGUUAAUUAUUAUCCUCACAUUAUGUAGGAAGAGUUUGCUAGUAACUUGAGCUAGAAUGAUUUGCCAGUGUUUGGUAUUUUUGAUCCCUUCUGUAAGUUUCUAACUGUGCUUUCACAUAUCAGUUUGCUAAUUUCUAGUGUGUGUGUGUGUGUGUGUGUGUGUGUGUGUGUGUGCGCAUGUGUGCAUGUGUGUGUGCGCUCGUAAGCUCCUGUGUUUGGGAAAGAGUCUCACUUUCUAGCCCUCCAAGUCCUGGAACUCAUUGUGUAGACCUGGCUGGCCUUGAACUCACAGGGAUCUGCCACCACACCAGGCUGAUAUAUAUGUUAUUACUGAUACAGUAGUAUACGGCCAAGAGUCAACACUUAGGCAACAGUAAGCUAAAAUCAACUUACCCAGUUUACUUUUGAGAAGAUUGGUAAAGCCCCUUGGGGUACAUAGCUUUUAUUUUAUUUCACUAGGGACCUAGGACAUUUCUAGACAGGUCUAGUUAGUACUUUUCUUUUAGUGCCAAAGAGCUGAUUCAUAGUUCAAAGAUGAUUAGUUUGUAAUUGACUUGAUCUUAUCUUUUGAUGAAAUAUGGAGUGAUAAUAAAGAGCAAAGUAAAUGUUCAUAAUUAUUGUGCUUAUUUGCUUAUCAAAUUAGUUGUGGGAUUCUGAAGCCAAAAAAAAAAAAAAAUGGAAAGGACAAGACAAAAUUGAUUAAACCUGGUUCAGUUCAUAUCUUUUGCUUAUUUUGCAGAUUAUUUGCAGAUCUGAGGAAUUAGUUGGGCUGAGAAUACAAUAGAUCAGUGGGAGAGCCCUAGGCUGGCAUUUUUAAGGCCCUGGGUUCAAUACCUAGUAUGACAAAAUCAAAAAAACAACAAAAAACCGUGCCAACUUCCAAUUGGUGUGGCAGGUGUGGUAAGGCACAGCUUUUGUAGCACUCAGAAGGUGGAGGCAGGAGGAUCAGAACCUCAAGGUCAUUCAUUUUCAGCUACAUAUCAAGACCAUGUAAGACCCUGUCUCAACAACAACAAAAAAAGCCAGGUAACUCUUGAGUAAUCCACACCUAUCCUGGGGUCUGUCCUUUCCCUGAGUGCCUCUCUUUCCGUUAAUGUUCCAUGUUUAAUUCUGUCUUUAAAUGUUUUCCUGACAAACUCUUGCUUGACUCCUCCUUUCAGUGGACUGAGGGAGGAGGAAGGUGGGAGAAGGAGGGAGGGUGGGACUCGGAGGAGGUGAGAGAGGGGGCUACAAUGGGGAUAUAAAGUGAAUAAAUUGUAAAAAAAAUAAAAUUAAAUUAAAAAAUAAAGCCAAAGUAGAUGCAGGGGUAGGGGUUUGAAGGCACAGUGGUCUAGCUUGCAUGGCACUAGGUUCAGUCUUCAGGCACACACAUGGGGGGAGGGGACAGGCAGGCAUAAGGGCUCAUAGACCCUCCCUUAAAAAGUAGAGGCAGUCUGUCAAGGUGGAUCAGUGAAUAAGAGUACUUACCUGACAAGGUGAGUUCCAUCCCUGGAACCCCUGUAAAAAUUGAAAAAAAGAAGCUGAAUAUUCUUUAGUCCCAGCAUUCUCAUGGCAGGAUAAGAGAAAGAGACAGGAGAAUCAUAAGGAAUCUCAGAGGCCAGCUAAGCUGGAGUUUGUAGCAUGGCAGGAACAGAAGAGACACUGCCUCAAAAACAAGGUGGUAGGUUACCAUAGACUCCUGAAGUUGUCCUCUGGCUGCUGCACAUCACGAAAGCACACAAAAGGAGUAAUGCAAAUGAUUAAGUACCCUUAAAUCACACACUUGGGGACUGAAAACUCCUAUAUACUAACAUUGGUAUGUGGCUAGAUACUCUGGAAAAGGUGAAAUUUUGUAGGUUCCUCGAGAAGCAGCUCUGGAAACUAUUUUAAGUAUGCUUUCUCUUCUUUUCAGGCUUUGUUUCUUGAACAAGGGGCUUCUUACUCAUCGCAGAGGACUGGCUCGAGGAUCCCUGUACAAAGUACAAGAACCGUUAGACAUACGUGAAGUUCGGAAUAAGCUGGGGGAGAUAGUAGGUGUAUCCACAAACUGGAGAGACCACAUAAAAGCAAUGGAGGAAAGGAAGUUACUUGAUAAUUUUUUGGUUAAAUCGCAGAAAGACCUCCCACCGAGGAAAAUGAAGGACAGUUACAUUGAAGUUCUCCUACCAUUAGGUAGUGAUCCUUCACUACGAGAGAAAUAUUUGACUGUUCAAAACACAGUAAGAUUCGGCAGGAUUCUUGAGGAUCUUGACAGCUUAGGAGGAUCCAAGAACUUCACAGUCUGGUUUAUCACAGCCAUCUUCGUGCACAUUGAUAAUGAAUUCUGGCCUGUUUUGGAUGCAACGUUUGUAAUGGUGGCUCGAGAUUCUGAAAAUAAAGGGCCGGCAUUUGUAAAUCCGCUCAUUCCUGAAAAUGAAGAAGAAGAAGAGCUCUUUAGACAAGGAGAAUUGAACAAAAGCCGGAGGAUUGCUUGGAGCUCCGCCUCAUUACUGAAAGUGGCUCCCAGUCCUGAGGAGAGGAAUACCAUACAUGAACUGUUUCUUAGCACACUGGAUCCAAAGACGAUAAGUUUUCAGAGUCGAGUUUUGCCUGCUAAGUCAGUGUGGAUGGAGGAUACAAAACUCAAGAGCUUGGAUAUUUGUCACCCUCAGGAGCGGAACAUUUUCAAUCGGAUCUUUGGUGGUUUUCUUAUGAGAAAAGCAUAUGAACUUGGAUGGACCACUGCUUGCAGCUUUGGUGGUUCCCGGCCAUUUGUGGUAACAGUAGAUGAUAUCAUGUUUCAGAAACCCGUUGAAGUUGGAUCGUUGCUCUUUCUUUCUUCACAGGUCUGCUUCACUCAGAACAAUUAUAUUCAAGUCAGAGUACAUAGUGAAGUAGCCUCUCUUCAGACUAAUGAGCACAUGACCACCAAUAUCUUUCAUUUUACAUUCAUGUCGGAAAAAGAAGUACCCUCGGUUUUCCCCAAAACAUACGGAGAGUCCAUGUUAUAUUUAGAUGGACAGCGCCAUUUCAAGUCUAUGAGUGUCCCACUGAUCUUGAAAAAGGACUACCCUGUGGAGCCCUAGGAAGAUCUCACUUGUUGCAAACCAGCACUCCCUGCAUGGUGGCAUUGUGCCUAAUAAAGGCAUGCUGGAAAGUA